AUGGAUCAGCUGGCUACUGAAAACAUCGUACUGUCAUAUAGUAAUAAUUUUACUGCAACCUCAAGUAACAAUACUUCGAUACGUGUUGCAAGAAGGAAUGUCAUGAAUCAUCGUCGUGUAUAUAGUGUUAAAGAUAACAAUAGUAAAUUCAAGUCGAUAGAACAUUUAAGUAUCAAAUCACAAAAUAAUCAAGAAACAUUUUAUACAAAACCUUUAAUAAAUAUCAACAGCAACAAUAAUGAUGUCGAACCAUCGUCGUCAUCAUCUUUAUCAUCUAAUCAAACAGCCGAAUUCAUUAAAAGCAGCAAUGUUUAUAAUUCAACGUCGUCACCUUCAUCCUCUCCAUCAAUCAGAUCUGUUCACCAAUUCAAGCAUAUUCACAAAAAACGUUUAUCAAGGACUAUUCAACAUAUUUCUUCCUUUUUACAAAUAAUUGCAAACGUUUCUUCUUCGAUUUCUUUUCCUGUAACGGUUGAAAAAACUUAUACAGUGGAAAGAUUAGCAAGACAAAUAGAAGCUGAAUACGCAUUUAAAUAUGGCGGAAUUGAGCAUAAUGGGUUAUAUGAACCAUUGGAGGUUGGAUUAUUAUAUGAUGUUAGUAUGGUUGCUUUACGUUUUAGAGAUUUUGUAGGCGAUGUUUUAGAGCAUGGUGAUGUUGUUAAUGUGCUUAAUAUCUAUGAAGAUUUAUCCUUAAAAUCAAGAUCAAGAGAAAGCAAAAGAUUUAAUUUACCUAUUUCACAAAAUAAUCAAACAGAAAACAUCGUUGAUGAUUCUUCAGCUGCCAUGUCCCAUAAUUCUCUAAACUAUACUCAAGGAUCCGAAGCUCUUUUUCAAUCUGUACUUUCUAAUACACUUGCUAUUAAAUAUUUUCAAAAGUUUGCUAUUCGUGAAUUUUCCGUAGAAAACUUAUUAUUUUGGUUAGAUGUAGAACUUUUUGCAGCAGGCAUUUCUUGUGAGAUUGAAGAUAAUUACUUUGAAGAACAACAAACUGCUGUCAUAUAUGCAAAAUAUAUUUAUUUAACUUACAUUAGUCCAAACGCACCAUUACAAGUUAAUCUUAGUGACGAGAUAAGAAAAGAUAUUCCUUGGCCAAUAGAUGAUGAUUCUGAUGUAGAAAGGAAUAUUUUUGACGAGGCGCAAGAAGCUGUUUAUCAAUUAAUGAAAGGUCAUACUUUCGUCAGAUAUGAGAAUAGUUCCGAAUGGAAAGAAUGUGAACAAAUAAAAAUGCAAGAACCUGAAAGAUAUCAAAAUCAUGAAAUGACAGCAAAGCUUGAAAAUUAUUUUCGACCAAGCAUGUCACUUAUGCUUGCUGUUACCACGACUCUUGAUAAUGGUACAGAUCAACCACCAAUGUCACAUCAUUAUAAAGAACAAACGCUUCAUUCCAUUUUAUCUCAAUAUUUCCCUGAUACUGUUCUCCUUGACAAUACAGGAAAGCGAGCCGAACAAGAAUACAGCCAAUCAGUUACAGAUGAUUCCGUUUCAACAAUAAGUGGUUAUUUUGAUUUAGAAAAUAUAAUGACAAAUGCACAAAAAAUGAGAAGGAUCAAAAAGGAGAAAAAACUUAAAUGGCUAUUUGGUGAAAAGGUUAAGAAGACGGAAGAUCAAGUUGUUGUAUUACCAGAUGGAAAUCUUUAUGGCGAUGGUAAAUUAAGUUUUGGUGAUGAUGAUGAUAAAAGAAGUGUAUAUUCAACAAUAUCUGAAAAUAAGAAAUCAACAAAAGAAGCUUGGAACAGAAAGAAGAAAGUUGAUAAGAAAUUGCAAAUAAUGCUCGGAGAAGCUUUAGAUGAAAAUAUGGUUAAACAUGCUCUAAAACUUCCAUUAAUUCAAUCAACUCCUAGCACUUCGCCUUGUCAAGAAAGGUAUUUUGAAGCGGAUAGACUUUCGGUGAAUUAUCAAUACGAGGGCCGCAAUAGAAUUAGCAACGCGGGAUCAUACAUCAAGCAACGUAUUAGUAGACGUGCAUCAGACUCAAUGAUUACAUCUACUACACCUAACACUAAUAACAAUGACAAAAACAAUAAUUGCAAUAAUCCAAAAGUAACGAUGGCAACUUCACCAAAAAGCCCACACGAAAACAAACAUUAUAAAACAAGCACAAUUGAUAAUGAUCUAAAUGAUCCUUUGAAUAGAUUCAAUAUUCCAUUGAUUGUUAUUGACAAAGACACGAAGGAAUAUAGAAGAAAAAAAUUGCAAAAACUUCACCAAUUUUUAGGUGAAAGAGUACCUAUAGAUAUUGUAUUGGGAGAAAAAGAUUCUUCGAUUUAUCUGCCACCACCAGCAGGCGAAUUAAAAUUAGCAGUUAAACCCAAAAGUAAAAAACAUAGGCCUCCACCAUUAUCAUCAUACAAAAAAAAUUCACUGAAUGAUAAAAAGCGACAUUUACAAAGAGCAGUAAAAUUAGAAAAAUUGUUUGGGGAAAUACCGCCACAAGAUCUUUUAUUGACAACAUCUUCACAAUCAAGAUCCAAACAUGAUUCGAUAUCCAGUUUAGAUAUUCAUCGUAAAAGCAUUAUGUCGCUUGAAUAUUUGAUGGAAAAUGAUAGAGAAACAAUUUACGAUUUGAUUGAUUAUAUGUCAGACAAUGAAAAAGAAAACCAACGAGAUUCGUUGGAAAUUGAAGAAGAUUAUGAUUUAAAUAUUAUAUCUUCUUCUGCGCCAGCUACACCAUCAGAAACCUCUUUAACGAUGGAUUUUGACUUAGAAUCAACACAAUCACAUCAACACUUAAAACAUAAACAAUUACGAUUAAGAGGUAUACGUAAAUUAUCACAUUUUUUUGGGGCAACAUACGGACAAAUGUUCCCGGAACAAGUGUUGAGUGAAUUAUUAGGUGAACUUGAAGGAGAGAUAAGAGAAGAAGCAAAAAAAGAUGGCGAGGUUGAUAAGGAAUUGAUAGCAGGAUUGAUGGAACAAAUCGAAGAGCUAAGAACAAGAAGUAGUGAAUUAGCAGAUUCAGAUGUAGAAACACGUAGAGGAUUAUGUUAUUAA